AUGUCUUCCUCGACACCAUCCCCGAGGCCCCCCUGGCCACUCACCGCUCUUCUCCCCGGCCGUCUCCGCCAAGAUCAGCAGAUGCAGUACGACGACCUCGAAGCCCUCUACGAGCCCCGCGCUCUCCUCGCCCACGCUCCCUCCUUCACAUACCCAAACAACUCUGCAGACCAUCUCCAUUCUCCAGCGACGAAUACCACUGCUUCCCGCUCUCGCCGCUCCUCGCUAGACCGCCCUCCCUGGCCGCCAUACCCAGACCCGUUCAGCUCAGCGGAAGGUCUGCCGCGCCCGAUGACUGCGCCAGCCACGCUUGCGCCUGCAUCCGCCGAUGACGCAGCCAAGCACGACGCAGCCAAGCACGUCUACCCCGCAGCGCACGCUCAUCACCGCGGCGCGUCCUUCUCGUCCUCUCUGGACAUGUUUGAUUACGAACAGGAGCUCCGGGACGAGGUCGCGGGUGCGGAAGCUGCGGGGAUUCGGCGCCGCGAGCUCGGUGUCCUGUUCAGCGAUCUGCGCGUCGUGGGACUGAGCGCCUCUGCGACGUCGCAACCCACGUUCGGCUCGAUGUUGAACCCGCUCUCGAUUCUGGAUGCGAUCCAGUCGAUGCGACAUCCUGCUAUGCGCGAUAUUCUUUCUGGUAUCGAUGGCGUCGUGCGUCCCGGCGAGAUGCUUCUGGUCCUCGGGCGCCCUGGGGCAGGAUGCACGACGCUGCUGCGCACGCUGGCGAACCACCUGUAUCCGACCGACGCGCUGACGAUCUCGGGCUCGCUCUCGUACUCGGGGUUCGGGCCUGCGGAGAUCACGCACCAGUUCCGCGGGGACGUAUCGUACUGCGGGGAGGACGACGUGCACUUCCCGACGCUCACGGUGGACCAUACGCUGGCAUUUGCGACGAGCGCGCGUGCGCCUGCUGCUGCGGCUCGGCCGGCGGGGGUGUCGCGGGCCGCCUAUGCGCGGACGCUGGUGGAUCGGCUGCAGAAAGUGCUCGGCCUCUCGCAUGUGAAGGAGACCCUCGUCGGCGACGCGGAGGUGCGCGGCGUCAGUGGAGGCGAGAAGAAGCGUGUCUCCAUUGCCGAGGAUCUCGCGGGAAGAAGCGUACUUGGUUGCUGGGACAACUCUACCCGAGGCCUUGACUCCUCCACUGCGUUGGAGUUCGUUCGCGCACUUCGCCAGCAGACGACUACACAGCGCUUGACCACUAUUGCAUCGCUGUACCAAGCCGGCGAGCCUUUGUAUGCGCUAUUCGACAAGGUGUGCAUCCUCUAUGAGGGCCGCAUGGCAUACUUCGGACCCGCCAGUGAGGCAAGAAGGUAUUUUGAGGAUAUGGGUUAUGUCCCCGCCCAUCGGCAGACGACGGCCGACUUCCUUGUCACAGUGACCGACCCGCAUGCACGUAUCCAGCGACCGCUGCCGGAGCUGCAUGCGCCCCCACCACGUACAGCGGCCGAGUUUGCCGCUCGCUUUGCCGCACACCCCCUCGCGCGCGCGAAUCGCGCAGACAUGGAUGCCUUCCACGCCGCGCUGUCCCCGGCUGAGCGCAAGGCGUACGCUGCCAGCGCGCGCAAGGAGCGUGCGCGGGAAUCGUUGUCGCACUGUCGGGCGCGCGACGCCAAGCGCGGUGCUGUUGCCCAAAGUGGGAAGGGCAAGGGACGAGGUGAUGAAGAGGAGUGGGGGCGCGGCGGCGGGAGCUUGGUGACGAGCGUGCCGAUGCAGGUGCGCAUGCUGAUGCUGCGGCGCGUGCAGAUUCUUAAGGGCGCGUGGGUCGCGGUGUUGAUCGAGCUCUCGUCGUUUGUGAUUUUGGCUAUUAUUGUGGGCACGUCGUACCUGCGCCUCAAGCAGAACACCGAGGCGUUCUUCUCGCGCGAGAGCGUCAUCUUCUUCGCGUACGUCUGGGCAGGCCUUUCGACUAUGGCAGAGAUCCCGACGUCUUUCGCGCAACGACCCAUCGUGCUCCGCCAGUCCCGUGCAGCGCUGUACCGCCCGUUCGUUGAAUCGCUCGCGCUCACGCUUGUGGACAUCCCGAUCACGUUUGUCACGAUGGUGCUGUUUUCGUUCACGCUGUAUUUCUUAGUUGGCUUCCAGCAGACGGCUGGACAGGCAAUGGUGUUCAUGUUAUAUCUGUUUACGAUGACGGUCGCUAUGAAGGCAUGGUUCCGCACGCUCACGGCUGCGUUCAACGAUCCUGCGCCUGCGCAGGCGGCUGCCGGUGUAUCUAUGCUCUUCCUGGUACUCUACACAGGCUACCCUGUCCCGGAGCCGUAUAUUCCCCGUGCGCUUCGCUGGAUCUCAUACAUCAACCCACUCAAGUACGCUUACGAAGGACUUAUGGUGAACGAAUUCCAUACGCAGAAUGCGACAUGCUCGUCGCUCAUUCCUUCGGGCGCGGCAUAUGCGGGAGUCAGUAUCCUCAACCAGGCAUGUUCUGCAGUGGGCUCCCUCCCCGGCCAGGCCACUGUGUCUGGCGCGCGCUACGCUCUGCUCAACAACGGUUUCUCAUAUCGUCACCUGUGGCGGAAUUAUGCCAUCGUGUGUAUGUUCGGCGUUGCGUUCAUCUGCAGCUUUCUGCUCUUCACCGAGCUCAACACUGGCACGGCAAGCGAGACGUCUGUCGUGCUGUAUGCCCGUCGCCGGCGUCGCCCCUCCUCUUCUGCCACGUCGUCCCUUAAGGGUAAAGCGCCGGACGUAGUGUCCGCGAAAGACGUUGAGAAGGGUCGCGGCGACUCGUCCCCCGCGUCUGCUGAGUUCCCCAUUGUGACGAACCAGUCGGGCAUGGUCGAGAUCGAGCUCUCGCGUAUGGACCGGCCUGUGGCGCAGCGCCCGGCUUUGCCGAAGAUCAAGGGAGACGUCUUUUCGUGGCAGCAGCUGUGCUACACCGUUCCGCUUCCCGGUGGGCGCUCGCGCAUGUUGCUCGAGGACGUGUCUGGGUACGUCGUUCCUGGAAAGCUUACCGCGCUCAUGGGUGAGUCUGGUGCGGGAAAGACGACACUGCUGAACGUGCUCUCGGAGCGCACGACUGGGGGUGUGGUUACUGGUCAGCGGUUUCUCGAUGGCCAGCCGCUCCCGCUCGACUUCCAUGCGCGAACUGGAUAUUGUCAGCAGAUGGACGUUCACCUGUCGUCGACGACUGUCCGGGAGGCACUCCUGUUCUCUGCGAAGCUCCGCCAACCUCAGUCCGUCCCGCUCGCUGAGAAGGAAGCUUUCGUAGACGAGUGUCUGCAGAUGUGUGGGCUUGAGGAGUACGCGGACGCGAUCGUCGGCACGCUCAACGGCGAACUGCGCAAGCGCACGACCGUCGGCGUGGAGCUCGUCGCGAAGCCGUCGUUGAUUUUCCUAGACGAACCAACUUCCGGGCUCGACUCGCAGAGCGCGUGGGCGGUCAUGAGCUUCCUACGUGAUUUGGCGGAUAAUGGCCUGUCGAUUGUGUGCACGAUCCACCAGCCUUCGGCAGAACUGUUUGAGGUGUUUGACCGUCUGUUGCUGCUGCGCAAGGGUGGACAGACGGUCUACUUUGGCGACCUCGGCGAAAAGUCCUGCAAGGUAAUCGAGUACUUCGAGCGCAACGGCUCUCGGCCUUGCGGCGAUAUGGAAAAUCCUGCUGAGUUCAUCCUCGACGCCAUCGGUGCCGGUGCGACAGCGUCGUCCGAUAUCGACUGGUACGAGGUUUGGAAGCAGUGCAGAGAGGCGCAAGACCUGCAGAUGGAACUCGCCCUGAUCUGCAAGGAAGGCCGUACGCGCCCGCCAAUCAAAGCCACCCUCACGGGACACUUUGCCACGUCGUGGAUCUACCAACUGUAUGCAUUGGUGAUGCGGGACUACCAAAACCGCUGGCGGGAUCCGGUGUAUAUCAUCGCCAAACUGGGGGUGAACAUCCUCUGUGGUCUCGUACUCGGCUUCACGUACUUCAAGACGAAGAAUACUCAACAAGCUAAUCAAAACAAAAUAUUUACAAUCUACAUUUCGAGUUUCCUUGCUGCGCCUAUCGUCGACCAGCUCCAGAUUCCUUUCAUUGACAUGCGCAACCUAUACGAGAUCCGCGAGCGACAUAGCCGUAUGUAUGGUUGGACGGCCAUGGUCACUUCGCAGCUCCUUGUCGAGGUGCCAUGGAACAUGGUUGGGUCUGCACUUUUCUUCUGCUGCUGGUAUUGGACUGUGGGCUUUCCGACGGACCGCGCCGGCUUUUCGUUCUUGCUCUUUGCUGUCAUUUACCCUAUUUAUUGGACUGCUUUCGGUCAGGCUAUGGCGGCGAUGUGCCCAAACGCCGAAAUUGCUUCUCUCGUUUUCAGCUCGCUGUUCGCUUUCCAGAUUGCAUUCGACGGCGUACUGCAACCAUACAAGUCUCUAGGAUGGUGGAAGUGGAUGUACCAUUUGUCCCCUUCAACGUACUUCAUGGAAGGGCUUCUCGGCCAAGCUGUCGGGAAGCACCCGAUCGUCUGCGCUCCCGUGGAGUACGUGAACAUCAAUCCACCGUCGGGCAAGACCUGCAUGCAGUACAUGGGGCCCUACAUAUCUUCUGCCGGUGGUUACCUGACAAACCCGAACGCGUCAAGUAGUUGCCAUUAUUGCGCGUAUAGCACCACCGAUCAGUAUCUUAAUACAUUCAACUUCUCGUAUGGCCACCACUGGCGAGACUUUGGCAUUUUCUUCGUAUUCACUUUGGUCAACGUCAUCGCCAUCUAUUUAUUCUUGUUCUUAUUCCGAAUCCAGUCGGAAAACCCUUUAUCAUUGUUGAGGAAACGCUUCGUCGCUCAUUGGAGAUGGCUCCGACAACUAUCUAAUGCUCAUACUACUGCAUAG